AAGAGAAAUCAAUUCAAAUCUCAUUUCUUUUUCUCUCACCCUUUGCGUGCUGUGUCAUCUUUCUUCUCUUCUUCCUCUCUCUUACCUUCGCCGUCGUCCAAACUCAAGCUUCAAAUCAGAAUCAUUCAAUUCAAACCUUCAAACUCAAAACAGAACGGAAAAAACCCUAAUCUCAUGUGAUUUCAAGCUUAAUUAACCUAAUCCUAUCCAAAUUAAGCCAUGAAAUUAUCCUAAUUAACGGUUGUCCGGUUUCUGCAAACCCCGAGUAUUUGAUUCUACCAGCGAUGCCGACCGUGGCCGUGAAACUCUACAGCGUCUUCUUUAAGUUUCUCCUAAAGAACCGUUUGCAGAACCAGAUCCAUGCCCCGUCCGAAGAAUCCAACCAGUUCGGUGUUACGACCCGACCCGACGAGUCCGUCGCCGCCGCCAACCCCUCCUUCUCAGACGGCAUCGCCACCAAAGAUAUCCACAUCGAUCCCGUGACCUCCCUCUCCGUCCGAAUCUUCCUCCCCGAUUCCGCACUCUCUCCCGAACCCAAAUCCAAAACUAUCUACAAAUCCGAACCUGGAUCCGCGGGGAACCUUGAAACGGCGUCGUCGCGCGCGGUGCGGCGAAAUAGCUACGAGCCCUCAGUGUUUACGCCGCGGGAGGAGACGAGGCGGAGCAGCGCCGGGGAGUACCGGGGGUACUUGCCGGCGGCGGACGGUCGCCGGAAAAAGUUACCGGUGGUGUUACAGUUCCACGGCGGGGGGUGGGUGAGCGGGAGCAAUGAUUCGGUGGCGAACGAUAUGUUCUGCCGGAGGAUUGCGAAGCUCUGCGACGCGGUGGUUGUGGCGGUCGGCUACCGGCUGGCGCCGGAGAAUCGGUUCCCGGCGGCGUUUGAGGACGGGGUGAAGGUGCUGAAUUGGCUGGCGAAGCAGGCAAAUUUAGCGGAGUGUAGUAAGUCGUUGGGAGGGAGGAAAUUUGAGGGUCAUCACAAGCAUAUUGUUGAUUCUUUUGGAGCGUCAGUAGUUGAACCUUGGUUGGCUGCUCAUGCAAAUCCAUCAAGAUGUGUUCUUCUUGGUGCGAGUUGUGGUGCAAAUAUUGCAGACUAUGUGGCUCGGAAAGCUGUAGAAGCAGGUUCACUUCUGGACCCGGUCAAGGUGGUGGCACAGGUCCUGAUGUAUCCAUUUUUUAUUGGAAGUGUGCCCACUCAUUCUGAAAUAAAGUUGGCAAACUCUUACUUUUAUGACAAGGCCAUGUGUAUGCUAGCAUGGAAACUAUUUCUACCAGAGGGGGAGUUUAGCCUAGACCAUCCAGCUGCCAAUCCCCUUGUCCCAGGCCAGGGACCUCCUUUAAAGCAAAGACCUCCAACAUUGACAGUGGUGGCAGAACACGAUUGGAUGAGGGACCGUGCAAUUGCAUAUUCAGAGGAGCUUAGGAAGGUGAAUGUUGAUGCACCUGUUUAUGAGUAUAAAGAUGCAGUCCAUGAAUUUGCAACACUUGACAUCCUUAUCAAAAGCCCUCAGGCCCAGGUUUGUGCUGAGGACAUUGCCAUCUGGGUCAAGAAAUAUAUUUCCCUUCGAGGUCACGAAUUCUCAUAUUGAGUAGGAUAUACCAGAAAUUAAGAGGAUGAUCGGUGAGAAAAUUUUUUCCUCAUUGAAAUUAUCUAAAGUCCGCAGUUCUGCUACCACCGGUAUAUACAUGCCUAGGGGCAUGUGAUUAUAUCACAAGAUUUUUUUCGAUGGUUGACCGGUUCCGUGUUCCCUCCACCUGUCAGUUCUUGUUGUAAGAUAGAGUUGUUUGAGAGCGGAUUAGUUGAACUAGUGAGAGAGAGCCUUUCACCUCAUUCACUCUGCAUUUGGAAUCCCCUGUUCCACUAUUCCUUGUGUAUUAUGAUGUACUGUUUCUCGAUAUAAAAUUUAGUUAUCAAUUCUUUUAG